GUCCUCAAGAGUCUGGGUUACAACCAACUUGUCCUCCAAGUUGGUAGAGGCACUGUGGUGCCGGAACCAUUCAGUACUGAGUCAUUCACUCUGGAUGUUUACAGGUAUAAGGAUUCUUUGAAAGAAGACCUUCAGCAAGCUGAUCUUGUCAUUAGCCACGCAGGUGCGGGGAGCUGUUUGGAGAGUCUGGAAAAAGGCAAGCCACUUGUGGUAGUUGUAAAUGAAAAGUUAAUGAACAAUCAUCAAUUUGAACUGGCAAAACAGUUGCACAAAGAAGGCCAUCUCUUCUAUUGUACCUGCAGGGUCCUGUCUUGUCCUGCGCCAGUCAGCCUCUUGCUUGUGCUUCUGGGAAGUGCCAAGAUUCUGCAGCAACUGCCUUCUGCCUAGACCUUGAGCUGCUUCGGAUACCUGCCUACACAAGCUCCAGUACUUGUGGCCACUGCCUAUUCUUCCCUGCAUUCUGUGUUUUCCUCUUUUUCACUCCUCUGUACCUUUCUCCUCAUCCCAUGCACAAUGCAUAAAGGAUGGAAAAAGUACUGCGGCCAGAAGUCUUUGAGUGAGGCAUCAAUGGAUGAAUAUUUAGGCAGUUUAGGGCUGUUUCGAAAGGUGGUUGCCAAGGAUGCCUCUUGCCUCUUUCGUGCUAUUUCCGAGCAGUUGUUUCACAGCCAGAUCCAUCAUUUACAUAUCAGGAGAGCUUGUGUCUCAUAUAUGAAGGAAAAUCAACAAGCUUUUGAGUCUUAUGUGGAGGGAUCUUUUGAGAAAUAUCUGGAACGGUUGGGAGAUCCCAAGGAGACUGCUGGCCAGCUGGAACUAAAAGCUCUUUCUCUAAUUUAUAAUCGAGAUUUCAUUCUUUAUCGUUAUCCUGGAAAGCCACCAACUCAAGUCACAGAUAAUGGCUUUGAAGACAAGAUUGUUCUCUGUUACUCAAAUAAUGGCCAUUAUGAUUCUGUAUAUUCAAAAGAAUUUCGGUCAACUGCAGGAAUUUGUCAAGCUAUACUAUAUGAACUUCUUUAUAAAGAUGUAUUUGUUGUGGAUGAAGAAACAUUGAAAACUGCAGUUGAUUUGUUUCGAAGUGGUUCCAGGAGAAACAAACACAAAACUUUGACUGAAAAUGUAGAAGGCAGUACUGAUCAGAAGAGCUCAACCCAAGAUAGCAUUGAAGAGGUUGGUGCCUGUUCCAGUGUCGAAAGUACAUCAGAAGUCAGUAAGCAAGAGACUGAACAACAAAAGGUUCCAGAAAAUCCAUCAAAGAUGCUGUUUCCCUAUAAGGUGCUGAAAGCUCUGGAUCCAGAAAUUUAUCGCAACGUAGAAUUUGAUGCUUGGUUGGACUCUAGAAAAGAACUUCAAAAGUCAGAUUGCAUAGAAUAUGGUGGAAGAUAUUACUAUUUAGGAGACAAAUGCCAGGUUUGCAUGGAACCAGGUGGAAAAUAUUAUAAUGCUCACAUUCAGGAAAUUGAGAAUGAGAAAAAUUCAGUAUUAGUUUUCAUUGAGGAAUUUGCAGAAAGGCGUUCAAUUCCGAUGGCCAAUGUAAAAGCAGUCAACCAAGUGGCCUUUCUUCCUCCCUGGAAUGCUAUACCAAUUCGUAAUGCAAGAGGUUAUCAGACUAUAACUGGAAGCUACUUCCCCGAAAUAGUUAUGACAGAUAUGAACAUGAAGCAACGAAAGAAGAUGUUCAAGAAAUUUCGAGGGAAAGAAAUUUAUAUGACCAUGGCUUAUAGCAGGGGGGACCCCUUUGUCCCAUCCAGGAUUCAGCAUAGUAUGCAUUAUGGGCACGACCCUCUACUGUAUUACUCACAGACAGCUGGCCAAAUUAUGUCUAGUGAACAUUUUUACCCUCAACAUUCAUCUCAGAGACAAGGUCGGGGAUAUGGGAUGCCCAGGGAUUCGUCUCACUUAAUAAACAGGCAAAACAUGCCAAAUCCUAAAGUUGGGACAUGCUCUGGCUCAGGCAAAAAGUGCUGCCAGAACUAUGAUAAUGUCUCCUAUAGGUCUCGUUCUUUUAGGCGUAGCCAUCGUCAGACGAAUUGCAUGAAUAAGGGAUGCCAAUAUGGUUUUGCUCCAGAGAAUGGAGUGGAAGAAACUGUUACAUAUUAUGCACUUGAAGAAGGGAAUGAGACUGCUUAUUCAACUUUACCUAACAAUGGUGGUCCCACUACAAUGGUUCCUGCUACUUCAGAAUACUGUGUUGCAGGGCACGGCUAUAACUCAUGCAAACCGACUUUGAAUUCAGAAGACAGUAAUGACCACUGUGAUAAUGGAGGAUAUCAGGGAGAUUAUCUUUAUUCUUCAGAACAAGGCUAUGAAACUUCCAGUGUGUAUACCACAACUGUAUCCACAGCAAACCUGUCUCUUCAGGAUAGUGGAUCAUGUCCUGUACUUCAAGACACAGUUACCUCAUAUAACUACCCCCAGAAGGUGUUAGAAACUUCUGCAGCAAUUGCAGUUUCUUGGGCCAGCCAUGCUCCAGUUCCAGUCAUAUCUAACUAUACAGGAGAUAAUCAAGCUAUUAGUACCUCUGAUGUUUCUUCACAGAAUGCCAUACAACCUGUCUUUGUACCUCCACCUGCACCAGACAAUCCAGCCUAUGUUCAGCCUUCAGCCUCAGCAGCAGCAGGAGCAACAGCAGCACCAGUAGCAACCCCAGUGACAGCACUAGUACCACUUGCUGCUCCUACUGCCACUCCCCUUGAAGCAGGAGAUGCUUCGGGGUUUCCUCUUCCACCACCACCACCAUCUUAUUCCUAUGAUCCGAAUGGAAGUGAUCUUCCCCAAGAUACAAAAGUUUUGCAGUACUAUUUCAAUCUGGGAUUGCAGUGCUAUCAUCACUACUACUGGCAUUCCAUGGUCUAUAUGCCACAUGUGCAGCAGCAGCCACAGCCGCAGCAACAGCAGCAGCCGCAGCAACAGCAGCAGCCACAGCCGCAGCCACAGCAGCAGCCGCAGCAGCAACAGCAGCAGCCUCAGCAGCAACAGCAGCAGCCGCAGCAGCAGCAGCAGCAACAACAACAGCUUCAUGAAGAGAGUUAUCCAGAUUGUACUGAGCAAUCCCUCAUAGACCAAAGUGUUCCGCAUGUGUACAGUGAUGUGGCGAGAGGGGAUGGCACACAGGCAGAUGUAUCAACAAAUGGUACUUUUCCCAUUGCUGGUGCUGUACCUAUCCCUCAUGGAGCAGUCUACUAUCCAGUAAUGACAGAUCCCUAUGGAUCUCCUCUGUCGGGUUUUCAGUCCUAUGUUCCUGUUGCAUCAGAUUAUUCCAGUAUUGCCAUGUGGCAUCCAGUUGGUGCAGCAUAUGGUGCUUCUGCACAGUUCCAUGGUGCUAUAAAUCCUGGGCCAACCGGCUAUGUGCUUCUACCUAACCCACCUCAUUAUACACCUCAGAAUUAAGAUUUGUCAACAUGAAAUACUUUUUUUUUUUGCUGCCAUCUUUACUGUUAAUGGUUCCUAAAUGUUUUACAUUAGUUAUUACGUGGUUUAGUUGGGAAGAAUGUUUACUAUGCCUUUAAAAUUAUUUUACUUUUGAAGUAAAAUAUUUCUUUAAAACAAAGACAUAUUUUUCUUAUGAAUAAGAAAAUUGAAAUGAAUGUACAACUAGUCCCUAUAAUGUGCAAGUUCAUUGGAGGAGCUUCCUGUUAUCCAGAUUGUUAAAACUGUAUUAACUGAUGGUGCCAACUGAUAAAGGAAAACAUACAAGCUAUUUUCUUAUAUGAUACAUCUUAAUUAUUUAAAGUUAGUAUGAUUUCCAUUUUUCAAGAAAUUUAAAGAGAUAAAAAAAAUCCAACCAAACAAGAGCCUAUGCUCCUGGAUAUUUGUUUCUAUUGCAUGAGAAUUCUUCAGGUUUCUUUGAGUUGGCAGACCUGAAUUGUAGCCUGAUAUUAACCAGUUUUCAAGGCACAUGGUGUUCUGCUUUACAUUUGCCGCCAUAUGGUAUUGUUUAAUACUGGAUUUACAUAACUGUCCUACUGCACAGUAUUAUAGUAUCCUUUGCACAAUUUGCAGUAAAUAAAAACUAGCAUUUAAAAUUGCCAAAA